GAGCAGUUAAGCAAUUUUGACCAAUUGUUGGUAUAUGUAUACCAGCCUGAUUUCCACGUAAAAGUAAUCCACCACAUGCUCCUAUAAUUCUCUCACGUACAGAAGUUUUUGAAUUAACUUAUCUCAUUUGUUUUCCCAUUCAAUUGAGAAGCCCAUAAACUAGUUCUUCUCUCAGCAGCUCUUUUAAUUUCUACUCUUCAAUUCGAAAGAGUGCUGUUCAUUUUCCGAGAGACAUAAAUUUCCAUAGUUUAUACUAGUAUUUUUAUUUCCGGCUCAUAUCUAUUAAUUGGCAAUUGGGCAACGGUCGAGGUGUUUCUGUCAAGCAAGCUAAAGGACCGGAACAGAGUCGGGAUUUUAUCUGACUAAACUCGCAUUAUUAAUACAAUUUUACAUCAAUCUUGAAGAAAGAUAUUAUUUCUCGAGUUUUGAAAAUCCAAUAUGACGAACUUGGAAAAUGUUGCUACUUCCGAAAAUGUUGUUGUUGAAAAUAAUGUGAAUGAAAUCCCUGAAAAUAAUGUCAAUUCUGUGUCUGUGACUAAUUUUGAAGACACACCUGAAUUUGUUGCCACGGGCUCUCACAGGGUUGAUUUGACUGGAAUGCCUGAAAAAUUUUCUGGGCAUUUUUUCAAGCGUUGGCAACAACGCAUGAAAAUUUGGUUAAUCACCAAGGGAUUGCUCUCGGUAAUUAUGACAGUGUGUCCCCCCGUUGUCGAGUCUGAUCCCAAGAGUCUUGAACGCCAAUCUUUAUGGCGUGAGAGGAAUGAAAUAGCCAAAGGAAUGAUAUUGUUGGGACUCUCCGACAUGUUAUUUGAUGUCUAUUGCACCCUCCACGGCACGGCUAAAGACCUUUGGGAUGAGCUGGAUAGGAAAUAUAAUACUGAUGACCACGGUCUCGAAAAGUAUAGUUUCCAAAUUCUUGAGAUUCAACAUGAAGGAGGGAAAAUCUGUUUUAGAACAAACACAAGAAUUUGAGCUUAUCUUACAUUCUCUCCGUGAAGCAGAUAUGGAAUUGCCUGAAAAAUUUAAAGUCAUGGCUGUAAUUGAAAAAUUCCCCAAAUCGUGGGAAGAUUUUGGUUUGACUUUAAAACACAAAAUGAAAAAGAUAACUUGGAAAUCUUUGAUGCAUUCCAUUACUGUUGAGGAAGAACAUAAGAAAGCGGGUUACAUUGUUCCUGUUGAAUUUCAGCCAAAGGCUCAUGUUGUAACCGUGGGAAAACAGUCACAAAAUUCUAAGAAUAAACAACCAUCAUCUUUUAAACCAAUAAAGGCCAAAUUAAAAAUUGCAAAGAAACCAAAGGCAAACCGUCCAUGCUGGAACUGUGGACAGAUGGGGCAUUGGGCCAAAUUAUGCCCAAAUAAAAAGGCUAAGGCUCAAUCUGGUGGACCUCAAGUCAACAUGGUGACUGGAGGAACUAGUUCUGAUGGCCAGCGGUUGGAAGAACAGUGAUGAUGGGAAACACAAGUGCUGCUAGUGUGCAUGGAGUUGGAAAAGUGGAAAUAAAAUUUCCUUCGGGAAAAAUUCUAUCUUUGCAUGGGGUGCAUCAUGUUCCCGAAAUUAGAAGGAACAUUGUUAGUGGUUCCAUUCUUGUAAGGGAGGGUUAUGAAUUGUCUUUUAAAUUAAAUAAAGUUGUAAUUUUAUUUGGUGGAACAUUUAUUGGCAAGGGUUACUUGUCA